CUGGGAGAGGUGCGUUCUCGUAGUGCCGGGCGGUUGUGCCCAAAAGACGACGCAGACGAAGGAGCCGCGCGCUGGAAUCGCCCGGAGGAGGUGGAUCCCGGCGAGGGUUUAUUCUCGUCGGUACGCAAGAAUUGGUCAAAUACGUAG